UCCAGGAAAGCCACCCACUCUGCACACCACGGCUGUCACCGAGGGAGAAUCCGGUGCUUGAUUAAUAAUUAAACACCCAUGCAGUGUGGACUGAGCCGAAUAUACAAGCGUCAGUUCAAUACGCGUUUAUCCGUCUAUUCAAACACUUGAAUGCAGAACAUGAUACUUUCUAGGAAUUCGUUAACUUUCAGAGUGGUCCUGCUGACAUGGUGGAUCCACCACUGCACAUGGCAAACGGGGGAAGCAAUCCAUCCAGUCUGCACUCUUGUGGCUCAGCAUAUGAAGACUCAGGAGCAAUGCAGAUACAUACGUAAACAAGAGUACCACAACCACACUACAAUCACCGGCUGCCGAACAGAAUGGGAUGAGAUUAGUUGCUGGUACAGAGCUGAAGUUGGCCAAGUGGUUAAUGUCUCUUGUUCAGAAGUUUCCCAGCUCUUCGCCAACAACAACGGUUACAUAUACCGGAACUGCACAAAGAACGGCUGGAGUGACCUUUACCCAUCGUAUGAGAAUGCUUGCGUAUUACCAACAGUGGAAGGAACUGAGACCUCAUAUUAUUAUACAUUCAAGCAGGUGUACACUGUGGGUUAUGCUACCUCUCUCAUCUCUCUCAUAUCGGCCAUCUUCGUCUUUACAGCAUUCAGGAAGUUCCAUUGUACAAGGAACUACAUCCACAUCAACCUGUUUUCCUCCUUCAUCCUGAGAGCAAGCGCAGUCUUUAUAAAAGAUGGUGUCCUCUUUACCGAUGAAACCCAGGACCACUGUUUCAUGUCUACAGCAUCCUGUAAGGCAGCAGUGGCCUUUUUCCAGUUCAGCAUCCUGGCUAACUACUUCUGGCUCCUGGUGGAGGGCAUGUACUUACAGACCCUGCUGGCUCUUACAUUUGUCUCACAAAAAAAGUAUUUUUGGUGGUACAUCCUUAUUGGCUGGGGCCUUCCAACAAUAGUCUUGAUUAUUUGGGUUCUGGCCAGGAAUUUCUAUGAUAACAAAGGGUGCUGGGACGACACAGAUAUCGCCUUCAUUUGGUGGAUCAUAAAAGGACCGAUUACAGUAUCUCUUCUGGUGAACUUUAUCAUCUUCAUCAAUGUGAUCAGGAUACUUGUGGAGAAGCUGAAGUCUCCUGGAGUUGGAGGCAAUGACACCAGUCACUUUAUGAGGCUGGCUAAGUCCACUCUGUUCCUGAUCCCACUGUUUGGCAUGCAUUACAUGGUGUUUGCCUUCCUGCCAGAGAACACAGGGGAGGAUGCUCGUCUCUACAUAGAGCUUGGCCUGGGCUCAUUUCAGGGUUUUGUUGUGGCCCUGUUAUACUGUUUUCUCAACGGAGAGGUGCAAGCGGAGCUGAAGAAGAGGCUGUGGAAAUGGCAGAUGCAGGGCUACAUGAGUUACAGUAAGAGGAGGCGAACACUGUUCACAGAAAGCAGCACCGUUACUCAGAUUUCUGUUCUAGAAAAAUCCAGCCCUAAGGAACAGCCUUCAGCUGAGCUCAAAAACAGCAUCUCACUGGUGUGAGGAUUGUGUCUCAUCCUGGUUCUUUUGUUCUCAUAGGAUUGCUAACUAUAUUUAACACAGUCAUUAAUACCAAGAGUGUGCGUCUUAAAUCACAAGAGCUCACCAUUCGCAGAUUGGAUUUAAUCAUACUCUGGGUUUAUAGAGUAAUUUGGCAACAUUUCCACACAGUAUAGGGUCAGAUAUUAGACACUACUCUACAGCUCUGAUGAAAUUUCAAUGUAGGAUGGUGAAGAAUAAUUUUCUGUAACGAAAGGUCUGACAGUUUGAUUGUGAGGCAAAUUAGAGGUUUAUAAGAAUUAAAAUGGAUGUCCUCAUUGUAUAGUGCAUGUUACAUAGGGAUUACACAUCAAAAUAGAGAGAGAGAGAGAGAGAGAGAGAGAGAGAGAGAGAGAGAGAGAGAGAGAGAGACAGAGAGAGAGAAAGAAAGAGAGAGACAUAGACAGACAGAGAGAGAGAGAGAGAGAGAGAGAGAGAGAGAGAGAGAGAGA